AUGUGGGGCGGGAGAACUGGCGCCUUGCUCCGGGUGUCGGGGCUGUGGCCGGCAGGGGUGCUCGGAAGGAGACCGCUAAGCUGUAAUGCUGCGUCUCUGGCGGGAAGGAAUUCGCCCCAGUGUUGGAACUGCGGCGCCCCAGGGGGCCCCAUGCGGGAGCAUGGGUUCUUCUGCCCACAGUGCCGCGCGCUGCAGCCACCUGACCCCACUCGAGAUUACUUCAGCCUCAUGGACUGGUACGGGAGGCCAUUUCGGGAAACACGCGGGGGCGAGAGAGACGUCAGAGGCUCAGGAGCCAGGGGCAACCGUGCCUUCAGAGUUGACACAGCAAAGCUCCAGACUAGGUACCAGGAACUACAGCGUCUUGUCCACCCUGAUUUCUUCAGCCAGAGGUCUCAGACUGAAAAGGACUUCUCAGAGAAGCAUUCAACCCUGGUGAAUGAUGCCUAUAAGACCCUUCUGGCUCCCCUGAGCAGGGGACUAUACCUACUAAAGCUCCAUGGAUUAGAGAUUCCUGAAGGGACAGAUGAUGAAAUGGACAGGCAAUUCCUCAUGGAAAUAAUGGAAAUCAGUGAAAACCUUGCAGAAGCUCAAAGUGAAGCUGCCAUGAAAGAGAUUGAAUCUAUUGUCAGAGCUAAACAGAAAGAAUUGACUGACAAUGUGAGCAGAGCUUUUGAACAAGGCUUCUACCCUCCCUCAGACACUGGGAGACAGGGGUCCUAUCUUCUGGUGUUAGCUGCAACAAACAGUAAGAAAGAAACAGGAAGAAGAGACAUUCUUCUUUCCUCUGAACAAUAUGAUUUGGAAAAAGCCAAGAAAAUGUUAACAAAGAUGAGAUACUUUUCAAAUAUAGAAGAAAAGAUCAAGUUAAAGAAGAUUCCCCUCUAACGAUUACUAGUAUAAAAGUUUCCAAAAAAAUAAGUUUCAAAAAUAAAGUUCUUGUAUAUUU